CGAAUGGAAAACUUCUUAAACAUCAGAGGAGCCACACGUGUGAGCGGCCUUUUUACUGUUCAGUGUGUGGAAAAUGUUUUGCAAUGAAAUCCAAACUUCUACAUCACCAGAGAAUUCACACUGGUGUACACCCUUAUUCAUGUUCAGAGUGUGGGAAAGCUUUCCCCUAUAAAGCAGUCCUUGUUAGACACCAGAAAAUUCACACAGGUGAGCGUCCUUAUUCAUGCUCAGAGUGUGGGAAAACUUUCAAUGACAAAGGAGCAUUGAUUGAACAUCAGAAAAUACACUCAGGGGACGGCCCUAUUGCUUCUUCAGAUGAGCGGCCUUUUUGCUGUUCAGAGUGCGGGAAAAGUUUUACACGGAAGUCCACUCUUCUUGUACACCAGAGAAGUCACACAGGUGAACGUCCUUAUUCAUGUUCAGACUGUGGGAAAUGUUUCACUGGGAAAGGAAUCCUUAUUAAACACCAGAGAAUUCACACAGAAGAGCAAUCUUAUUCAUGUUCAGAGUGCGGGAAAUAUUUCACUCGGAAAGGAGACCUUGUUAAACACCAGAAAAUUCACACAGGUGAGCGUCCUUAUUCAUGUUCAGAGUGCGGGAAAAGUUUCACUUUUAAAUUUAGUCUUAGUAAUCACCAGAGAAUUCACAAAGGUGAUUUUUCAUGUUCAGAUUGUGGGAAAGGUUUCACCACUAAAGACAGACUUCUAAGACACCAGAAAAUUCACACUGGUGAGCGUCCUUUUUCAUGUUCAGAGUGCGGGAAAUCUUUCACUAGGAAAGCAGACCUUGUUAAACACCAGAGGAUUCACACAGGUGAGCGUCCCUUUUCAUGUUCAGAGUGCGGGAAAUCUUUCACUAGGAAAGCAGUCCUUGUUAAACACCAGAGGAUUCACACACGUGAGGGUCCUUUUCCUUGUUCAGAGUGCGACAAAUGUUUUUCUGUGAAAGGAAAACUUCUUAAACAUCAGAGUACUCACCGCUCUUUUUGCUGUUCAGAGUGCGGAAAAUGUUUUGCACUGAACUCCAAACUUCUUCUACACCAGAGAAUUCACACUGGUGUACGUCCUUUUACAUGUUCAGAGUGCGGGAAAUCUUUCGCCUAUAAAGCAGUUCUUGUUAAACACCAGAGAAUUCACACGGGUGAGCGUCCUUAUUCAUGUUCAGAGUGCGGGAAAAGUUUCACUUCUAAAUCUAGUCAUAUUAAUCACCAGAAAAUUCACACCGGUGAGCGUCCUUUUUCAUGUUCAGAGUGUGGAAAAAGUUUCAUUCAGAAAUCCUACCUUGUUGCCCACCAGAGAAUUCACACAGGUGAGCGUCCUUUUACAUGUUCAGAAUGCGGGAAAUCUUUCACUCGUAGACAUAGCUUUGUUGCACACCAGAAAAUUCACACUGGUGAGCGUCCUUAUUCAUGUACAGAGUGCGGGAAAUCUUUUACUGGGAAAGCAGUCCUUGUUAGACACCAGAGAAUUCACACGGGAAAUCUUCUUCAACAUCAGAGUACUCACCGCACUUAUCACUGUUCAGAGUGUGGGAAAAGUUUUGCACCGUACUCCAGACUUAUUCUACACCAGAGAAUUCACACUGGGGAGCGUCCUUUUACUUGUUCAGAGUGCGGGAAAACUUUUACUUCUAAAUCUAGUCAUACGAUUCACCAGAAAAUUCACACGGGUGAGCGACCUUAUUCAUGUUCAGAGUGCGGGAAAUCUUUCACUUGGAAAGGACAGCUUGUUAAACACCAGAGAAUUCACACGGGUGAGCGUCCUUAUUCAUGUUCAGAGUGCGAGAAAUCAUUCACUUGGAAAGGAGACCUUGUUAUACACCAGAGAAUUCACACGGGUGAGCGUCCUUAUUCAUGUUCAGAGUGCGGGAAAUCAUUCACUUGGAAAGGACAGCUUGUUAUACACCAGAAAAUUCACACGGGUGAGCGAAGCCGUUUUUCAUGUUCAGAGUGCGGAAAAUAUUUCACUGCUAAAAGUACACUUCUGACACACCAGAAGAUUCAUACAGGCGAUCGCCCAUUUUCCUGUUCAGAUUGUGGGAAAUCAUUUAUUCAGAAAGGAGCUCUUCAUAGACAUGAACGAUGUCACACAGGUGAACGUCCUUAUUCAUGUUCAGAAUGUGGGAAAACAUUCACUCGAAAAGGACACCUUGUUAAUCACCAGAGAUAUCACACAGGGGAUCGUCCUUAUUUAUGCUCACAGUGUGGGAAAAGUUUCUCUGAGAAAAGAUUACUCCUGACACAUCAAAGAAUUCACAUGGGUGAGCGUCCUUAUUCAUGUUCAGAGUGCGAAAAAGUUUUCACUCGUAAAGAUAAACUUCUAACACACCAGAGGAUUCAUACAGGCGAGCGUCCCUUUUCCUGUUCAGAGUGCGGGAAAUCAUUUAUUCAGAAAGAAGCUCUUCGUAGACAUCAGAGAAGUCACACAGGUGAGCGUCCUUAUUCAUGUUCAGAAUGCGGGAAAACAUUCACUCAAAAAGGACACCUUGUUAAUCACCAGAAAAGUCACACGGGUGAUCGUCCUUAUUCAUGUUCAGAGUGUGGGAAAAGUUUCACUGAGAAAAGAUUACUCCUGUCACAUCAAAGAAUUCACACGGGUGAGCGUCCUUUUUCAUGUUCAGAGUGCGAGAAAUCUUUCAACCAGAAACGAGACCUUGUAAAUCAUCAGAGAAUUCACAUGGGUUGA